UGUCCAUCGGCAAACAGACCCCCAUAGACGACUAAGUUAGCUUCUCAGCUAGCUAACGACUUCUGAAAUGGCGUCGUUAACGGUGACAGAACCAGGGAUAUGUAAUACAGGUGCAAUACAGACAGCCGAGUCUUUGGUGCCUGCUUGCAUGUUCGCGCCGGACCGGGGAUGUGCCGACGAGCAGUCCGGCGAAGAGGGCUUUGAAGACGGCGAGGACACAAACUGCGAGUCCGCGGAUCAUUUAGACUUAAGCAGCAAGCUGGUUCUGGUGAGUCCAACAGGGCAACAAUAUGAUUCAUUACUACGGCAUCUGAGGGAACGGAUAGAAGAGGGCUGCGGAGAGACAAUCUAUGUAGUUGGAAUGGGGUCAGAUGGAGGUGAUUAUGGUCUGGAUGAGAAGGACAUGGAGGCAUCAGUGGCGACGGUGCGGUCGCUUUGUGAACAGAUCGAGGCUGACCUCAUCCUGCUUCGGGAGAGGACGGAUACUGGCGGGAAAAUACGGGACUACCUCAUCCGCCGGCGAGUGGGCGAGCAGGAUUUUUUGGAAGUCAGAGUUGCAGUUGUAGGGAACGUAGACGCCGGUAAGAGUACACUACUAGGGGUGUUGACCCAUGGAGAGCUGGACAACGGCAGAGGAUUCGCUCGCCAGAAGCUCUUCAGACACAAACAUGAGAUGGAGAGCGGCAGGACCAGCAGCGUGGGCAACGACAUCCUGGGCUUUGAUCAGGAGGGACAGGUUGUGAACAAACCAGACAGCCACGGCGGCGGCUUAGACUGGACCAAGAUCUGUGAGAAAUCCUCCAAAGUCAUCACCUUCAUCGACCUGGCUGGUCACGAGAAGUACCUGAAGACCACAGUGUUUGGGAUGACAGGACACCUACCGGACUUCUGCAUGCUCAUGGUUGGCAGUAACGCUGGCAUCGUUGGCAUGACCAAAGAGCAUCUGGGUCUGGCUCUGGCCCUAAAUGUGCCGGUGUUCGUAGUGGUUACGAAGAUCGACAUGUGUCCAGCUAACAUCCUACAAGAGACGCUAAAAUUAUUACAGAGGUUAUUAAAGUCGCCAGGCUGCAGGAAAAUCCCAGUGUUGGUCCAGAACAAGGAUGAUGUCAUCGUCACAGCUUCCAACUUCAGCUCUGAGAGGAUGUGUCCAAUUUUCCAAAUCUCAAAUGUGACUGGAGAAAACAUGGACCUGCUGAAGAUGUUCCUGAACCUUCUCUCGUCUAGGACCACCUUCAGCAACGAUGAGCCCGCUGAGUUCCAGAUAGAUGACACAUAUUCAGUACCGGGUGUCGGCACAGUGGUUUCAGGGACUACGUUACGUGGAUUGAUACGGCUCAAUGACAUGCUGCUUCUAGGCCCAGACCCAUUAGGCACCUUUAUCCCCAUCGCCAUUAAAUCCAUCCACCGCAAGAGGAUGCCUGUGAGGGAGGUCCGCGGCGGGCAGACGGCGUCGUUCGCCCUUAAGAAGAUUAAGCGGUCGACUAUACGAAAAGGCAUGGUGAUGGUCUCCCCGAAGCUGAUGCCACAGGCGACCUGGGAGUUUGAGGCGGAGAUUUUAGUGCUUCACCACCCGACCACGAUAUCACCAAGAUACCAGGCGAUGGUUCACUGUGGGAGCAUCAGACAGACAGCCACCAUCCUGACCAUGAACAAGGACUGUUUACGGACAGGGGACAAGGCCUCGGUCCACUUCCGCUUCAUCAAGACCCCGGAGUACCUGCACUGUGACCAGAAACUGGUGUUCAGGGAAGGGCGGACUAAAGCUGUCGGCACCAUCACCAAGCUUCUCCAGUCGGUGAACACCCAGGCAGCUAAGGCCCAGCAGUCCAAGACUCAGGCCAAUAAGAAAUCUUCUAAAGAUGGAACGGCAGCCAAUGAAGAGGCUGCAUCAUCGGCACGACCGCCGAGCCCCAGCACAGCUCAGCUACCGACAGCGGCAGAGGAGGAGGAUCUGUGUAAAGAUGGCAACAAGGAAAACAAGCUGAAGUCUGGAGGCGGCGGUCGCAGGAGAGGAGGUCAGAGACACCGAGGGAAAGGCCUGAACUCUGCCAACAUGUCCGGCCCGUUACCUGCAGGAGCGGCGGGAACAGCCUAAAACACAAGCCCCGCCUCCUUCUGUUUGUACCUGAAGUUCACAGGUGGGGAAAGUGAGCGCGUCGGCCUCCUCGGACAUCCACCGGCUUUUAUUCGCACAUUUAGACGUGGACUAGUCGAUACCAUACUGACUCGUAGGGAUUAUUAGCCGCAAAUUUAACUGCACAGUUCAUAGCGUUUUGUAUUUUAAUACCAAAUCUGGUUUGUAGUUUGUAAAAA